AUGCGCUUCGCCAUCUUCUCCUUCCUCGUUGCGUUCCUCGCUGCCUUCGUCAUGGCCAGCGCACCCCACCGCUCCGUCAUCAUCAGCUGGCCCAACGACACACCCGACGACAUUGUCGAGCAGAGCAAGGAGGCUAUCCGACAGGCCAAGGGCGUCAUUACCCACGAGUACAACAUCAUCAAGGGCUUUGCUGCCACCGCCCCCGCUGCCGCUCUCGACAUGGUGUCGACUUUGAGCGACGUGUACAAGUGCGAAAUCGAGGAGGAUGGCAUCGUUACCACGCAGAACAACAAGGAGUAG